AUGGAGCCGCUGACGGUGCAGCCGCUGGCCGCGGAGCCCCAGAGUAAGGCGGCGGCCGGGCGGGGGCGCGGGGCGGGCGCGGGGCGGGGGUCCCGCGGGGCUCUGGGCGCCGAGUCCCCCAACCCCACCGCCACCGCCACCGCCACCCCGGGGACCCCGGGCUGCGCCGCCCCACGACCGUCACGGCCUCUGCCCGCGGUUGAAACAGUCGUGGCGCCGCGCGGGGCCGCAGCGGAAACGCCCCCCUCCCCCAAGCCUCAUCCCCCCGUCGUGGGCAAAGUGACCCAUCACAGCAUCGAGCUCUACUGGGACCCGGAGAAGACUGCCAAGCGGCAGGGGCCCCAGGAGCAGUGGCUCAGGUUCUCCAUAGAAGAAGAAGACCCCAAGAUGCACACAUACGGCGUCAUCUACACGGGCUAUGCCACCAAGCACGUCGUGGAAGGCCUGGAGCCACGCACCCCCUACAAGUUCCGGCUAAAGGUCACCAGCCCCUCUGGAGAAUUUGAGUACAGCCCCGUGGUCUCUGUGUCCACCACCCGGGAACCACUGAGCAGUGAGCACUUUCACCGUGCUGUCAGCGUCAACGAUGAAGACCUGCUGGUUCGGAUCCUCCAGGGAGGCAACAUUAAGGUGGAUGUCCCCAACAAGCUGGGCCUGACUGCGCUGAUGGUCGCCGCACAGAAAGGCUACUCCAGACUCGUGAAGAUCCUGGUUUCCAACGGCACUGACGUGAACCUGAAGAACGGGAGCGGCAAGGACAGCUUGAUGCUGGCCUGCUACGCGGGGCAUCUGGACGUGGUCAAGUACCUGCGGAGACACGGAGCCUCCUGGGAGACUCGCGACCUGGGGGGCUGCACAGCCCUGCACUGGGCAGCAGACGGAGGCCACUGCAGAGUCGUCGAGUGGAUGAUCCAGGAGGGCUGUGAGGUGGACGUGGUGGACAGCGGCUCGGGCUGGACCCCGCUCAUGCGAGUGUCGGCUGUCUCCGGCAACCAGAGGGUGGCCUCGCUGCUGAUCGAGGCCGGCGCCAACGUGAACAUGAGGGACAAGGAUGGGAAGACGCCCCUGAUGGUGGCCGUGCUGAAUAACCACGAGGAGCUGGUGCAGCUGCUUCUGGACAAGGGCGCAGAUGCCAGCGUGAAGAAUGAGUUCGGCAAAGGCGUCCUGGAGAUGGCGCGAGUUUUCGACCGACAGAACGUCAUCUCCCUGCUGGAAGAGAGAACAAGAAAGCAGCUGCCCAGGAAGUCGCCUGUGCACUGAGCAGGGUGACAGGGAUACCCCCUUCCCACAAGCCGUGAGUGGGACCCAGGUAGCCGAGACUCUGUGCCCAGAGCACCAGAUCGAGGAUCCUUUAUUUUGCUGGAGACUGGCUGCGACAUUUGUAACGUGUUCCCACUUUGAAAUACAUCAUUUAUCUAAGCGCGCAA